AUGGGACUCUCACAACUCUAUCUGGUGAACCCAAUUCCGUUUCGCGAUGUCGAUGCGGCAUGGUAUAUGGCACACGGAGCGAAGGAUAUUCUUGAAAAUUGCCACGUCGUUCCCGAACUGAAAGACGCGCUCGACGGCAUCCAAUAUCUGGUAGGGACGACGCACCGUCGCCGCGAUGUCCGCCUGCCGCAGCCUGUGCCUGCAAGGGAAGCCGCAGAGACGAUCGCCACAAUUUCGCAGGACAAACCGGUCGCACUGCUGUUUGGACGUGAAGACUUCGGCUUGUCCACCGAUCAGAUGAGCCUCUGCCAGUUGACUGCAAGCGUGCCGAUGGCUACAAAGAACCCGUCUCUGAAUUUGGCGCAAGCAGUCCAGAUCUUUGUCUAUGAAGUCUUCACUGCCAGCCUGAACGAAUACCCUCCCACCGAGAUUGAUCAUGCCGAAGUGAACGCCUUGGAAGAGUUUUACGGGCGUGUGACCCGUUUGCUGAUAAGGUCGGUAUGUCGCCAUAUAACCGGGAGUGGGAGACGUAUCUGA